CAUACAUCUUUUUUUCUCAUCACAAUGGCUUCAUUCAAUACCCGCCCGGGAUAUGGGUGACUUAUAAUAAUUUUAAGGUAUCAAUGAUUGAACGGAAAAGGAAGUCAAACCUCGGUACGAAUUACGUCGGAUUAGAGAUCCAAUGCUACCCUGACCACCAAUCUAUCCCAAGAUUUCCCAUCUAUCAUCUCCCAAUCCUCACGAUGGCAUACCGUAAAUACCCCGCACACCAUGAUGUCAACCCUGGAAGGUCUCAUCGUGGACGGCGGGUGCAAUAUACGAGAAUAACUAGCGACGCUGCGAUGUGACAAUAAUCUGAAUAGCCAUGACUACCCGGAACCUGGUCAAGAUGACACGCCGCAUAGAUCCGGCUAUUUACAAUUUAUUUACAAUCUCAAGCCCUUUAUUUUUUUCGUGCGCGUUCAUGUUAGCUAAUCGUGAUGACUCUCACUCAUUGAAGCACCAUGUUUCGUCACGAUAGGGUGCUGGCUAUCGGCCUUUUCACCUUAUUGUUUUCUUGUGUUUCGUGCCAAAGUGAUAAUCUAGGGCUUAAGAAUGGCUACCUUACAGUGAAAACGGCAAAUUUCAACGCCAAGAUCGUCCGCGACGCACAAGUGCUUGCAUCGUUGAGUCCGAAUGGUGACACGUUCGAUUUCCUGCCCUUCGAUCUAAUAUCGGAUCGCGCCGGUAAUGGCCAAUACCAUUGGGGCGAUAUCACAUUCCGAUACCGUGAACAAGGCAAGAAGACAUGGAUCGACGGCGACUCAGCAGCAGCACGGAAGCCAGUGGCCGCUCUCAAGACAAGUCCAGGAUCUCUAGCGAGUUCAAAUUUGAAUGCCACCCUUCCUGCUACGGAUACACUGAACGUCACACGUGAAUGGCUAGACGUAGAGGGCGAUUUGGGCCUACGCUUCACGAUUGGAAACACGGGAAAAACUGCCUUGGAAAUAGGCAGUCUGGGUUUUCCGGCCGAGUUCAAUAGCAUCUUUACCAACCGCGCCGCAACGGAUACGCAGCGAUUGUGUUCGUUAUCGGAUCCGUACAUUGGUAUGCACGCCGGCUACAUCCGCGUGAGCCCCGUGCGCGGAACGGGUGCGGCCCUUGUCGUAACGCCGCUAGGUGACACUCCUUUCGAGGCGUACCGCAACCUAAAUGAACCUUCUUACCAAGCUACAGCAUAUGGUAGCCAGACGUUUGAAGGGUUCUAUGAAUGGCAAGUUUUAACCCAGGCCUGGGCUGACUUGGAAUGGGCGGGUGUCAAGCCGUGGAAUGCACCCUCAUCGAGGGCACUCCAGCCUGGUCAAUCGUUACAAUUCGGUGUACGUUUCUCAGUGGCUAAAGGCGGUGUUCGCGACAUCGAUGAUACUGUCAGGAAAACAGGCACUCCAGUAGCCUUCGGCGUCCCAGGAUAUAUCAUCCCGCGAGGCUCGACAUCACAACUUUUCCUGCAAGCCAAUUCCAGCGCAAUUUCGUUCUCCAGCGAGCCCGUAGAAUCCCUAGCCUUCAGCGAGCUGAGCCCUAAUUUGUACGGUAUUACGCCAUCACCCACAUUUUGGGGCCGCUCAAGAUUAACUAUCGAUUACGCGGACGGGAAGACGCAGACUAUCCACUACUAUGUCACGAAGCCCGGGGCAGAAGCUAUAGCAGAUCUAGGGAAAUUCCUCACUACUGAGCAAUGGUAUAAUGAUACUUCAGACCCCUUCGGCCGAGCCCCUUCGGUCAUGAGUUACGAUUAUGAGACACGCGCCAUCGUAACGCAAGACCCACGCGUAUGGAUCGCUGGACUUAGCGAUGAAGGAGGUGUCGGCGCGUAUCUUGCUGCAACGGCUAAGCAGGCCAUUCAGCCCAAUGCCGAUGAGGUAGCGAAGUUGGAGUUAUUUGUUGAUAAAGUCCUCUGGGGAACUAUCCAGACAAGUGACUUCGCGGUUCGCAAGAGCGUCUUUUACUACGACCCCACAGCUGUUCCGAAGUAUAAGUAUAAUUCGAAUAUCGACUGGACGAGCUGGACAUCCUGGAACCAGGAAUCCGCUUACGCAAUUGAUCGCGCGUAUGACUAUGUUCAUGUUGCGGCGGCAUACUGGUCUUUGUAUCGCGUCGCACGAGCUUAUCCCGCUCUAGUUAAAAGCCAUGAUUGGAAAUGGUAUCUCAACCAGGCCUACCGCACCAUUAUCCGCGGCAUGCAGACCGACGUCGGGUAUAACCGACUUGGACUCAUGGGCGAGACGGUAUUUGGGGAGGUCCUGACGGAUUUGACAGGGGAAAGCCUCACAACGGAGGCUAGCGCACUGACGAAGGCCAUGAAAUCGCGAGCUACGCAAUGGGAUUCGGAAGAAGUCCCUUAUGGAAGUGAACAGGCGUGGGAUUCCACUGGUCAAGAGGGUGUUUACUAUUGGGCGAAAUAUUUCGGACUCACAAAUACAGCGACCAAAACAGUAAACAGCGUACUCGGCUACACACCCACGGUCCCACACUGGGGCUGGAACGGCAACGCUCGUCGAUACUGGGACAACAUCUACGGCGGGAAACUCAAACGCAUAGAACGCCAAAUCCACCACUACGGCUCCGCCCUAAACGCCCUAGUUCUCCUCUCCGCCUUCCGCUCCAACCCCUCCGACACCCACCUCCUCCACAUCGGCUUCGGCGGGACAAGUGGUCCGCUAUCCAGUAUCAACGAAGCCGGUUUCGCAUCCGCGUCUUUUCACUCUUGGCCUGAUACCCUGAAAUGGGAUGGUUAUAGCGGGGAUUACGGACCUGGGUUUUUGGGUUUGGUGUUGGGGUCUGGGACGUAUGUUGCUGAACAUGAGAAGUUUGGAUUGUUGGUUUAUGGUGGGACGGUGGAGGAUAUGGUGGGGGAUGGAAGGGUUGAGGUGCAGGUUAAUGGGGCGGUUGGGAGGCGUUUGUUUAUUGGGCCAUUGGGUGUGACGGUUACCUUGGACGCGGGGAGUGUGAGGAGUUUUAGUUACGCGGGUGAUUCGGGUGCUAUUUCGGUUGUUCUCACGCAACUUACUGGCGGCCCGAAGGCGGCGGCUGUGGUGCUAUGGGUCGAGACUAAUGAUAGUAAGGUGAAGUAUACCGUUUUGAGCCCGAAGGUCACACAAGAACGAUUGGGAUGGAAGAUCCCGCUUUCGGCUGAUGCUGAUAUAGUCAUCGAGUUGAAGAGGAACUAGGUUUGGAAAUAAUGUGUCUUGUAUGUAGGAGGGAUCAGUUUACUCUCAAUACCUAGGAAUAAUACACGAAGUUUUCCAAUGGUAGCGAUUGUGUUGUUGAACCUUCG